ACACCUUUCAAAAACAGUGCGCGGGGCUGCAGCAGUUUAUAGUUGAGGAUUUGAAUCUUUAAACUUACGCAACUGUACUUCAGUCUAACUGAGUUAUUAUGGACAACAAGGCUACUUUGUAUCUGCUCUGAAGAAAAGUAUCGCUACAAAAGUCUCCUGCUUGAACUGAAGACAUGAAGUGUCUGAAAGUGGACGAAUACAUCAAGAGGACUUCUUCUGUGAAAGAGACGCAGCUUUUACUUCAAGAACUAGAGAAAUAUGUGAAGGGUCCAUCAGGCCUUCAGGGUCGCACGCUGUGUGACAGGGUCAUCAGAGCCUGUAACCAUCAACUUGGAGUUGGAUCCCCUGGUUUUGACCAUGUCAGCCAGUUGAUCCAGCUGGUGGAGCUAUCCCUCCAGGGCUAUGAUAUCUCUGCAGCACUUGUUGCUCAGAGCAGUCCGCUGUACAUGGAAAAGAUCAUUUUCCAUAUUGUCAAGAAGCUAAGCUCCCUAGAAGCUCACAGUCUAUGUAGCCAUGUAGCAGGGUUGCUUUACAGCAGGCUUACCCCAGCCCAACAGGCUGAGGACUACUGUGUUCUUGUGCGGAGCUGCUUCUCGGUGCUCUGGAACGGACUAUCUGCUACCAAAGACCGGAAAAUCCUGAAUCCCCGUGACAAACUCCACUGCCAGAUGCAAGCUCUGAGCUUCCUCCUGUUGUUGGUUACAGAAAGUGCAACCCCCUCUUUCUCCAAAGCCCCCAUAUACACAGAGGAUGCCGUCGCUGAAUUUGAGAGUUGCUGUGAAGCAGUGACCAAGGACGAUGCUUCCUUUCUUCUCCAGGAAAUGCACACACUUUUCAACAAGUGCUGGACUGGCGGUCGAGGCUGUGAGGGAGACGGGUCCAAGCAGUCUACUGAGACAUCAAGUCUAUGUACGCUUUCUGAAAUAGCGCUGAUUAUAGUGAAAGUGCUUUGUAAGGCUAGCCUCUAUGAUCUGGCCUCCACCUUCUUGAAUGACAUUGAGAGCAAAGUCAGAGACUGUGCUGAUCGUCAGUGUACAGCUGCAGUGCUCGGCAGAUGGGCAGUAAAGAUUCAUUAUACAAUGAAGGCUGGCAGGGAGAGUGUCCAGGCUUUGACGGAGUGUGCCAGGGCCUUGAGGUCUCUCCCAGCUGACCUGGGGGACAGAGAAGCUCAUGCAGUCCUGGAAGGUUGUGGACUGGUGGUGUGGGCUGUCGAAAGUGGCAACAGCAAGGGAUUAAGCGGACCUGUGCUGCUGGCUUGGUUUUCUUUUUGUGAGGAGCACCAAGAACGGAUAGUAAAGACGCUGAAGAAGAAGUCGUUAUGCCAGGCUGAGGUCAGCAGACUGCAACAAGCCCUUUGCUUCAGUAUUUACCAAGGCUUCGGAUUUGCUUAUGAGAGCAUGCUCGCAUCACAGCUGGAGAACAGCGACACACUGGACCGAGUGCUGCUGUACUGCCAGGCCACAGCUGGACAGAUGACGACUGAACUGCGUAAACUGUCAAGUGAAAACCUUCUCGUCAAAGCGGUGAUCGCUGUGAGCAACUUAGCUUGUGGAUUUUACAACAAGCACCUCUAUGACCAGGCAUUCACACUAGUAGAGAUCCUCUGCAGGGAUCUAUGCAAGAAUUGUCCCGCCUCGCUCUCCGUCGAUAGGAUGAGCCGACCUUUCAUGCUGGCUGUGCAGACGUCUCGGCGGGCUGGACAACUGGAGCGAGCACUGGACUGGGUGAUCCUGUGGCUGAAAGCUCUGGGGGAUAAUAUCACCACUCAUAUCGCUGAGCCGGUCUCUCUGUGGGUGAAAACAAAGACUGACGCUGCCCGCAACUCUGAGGAGGACAUCCGUCUCAGGACAUUACAUGAUGGUUUUGGUCCUGACGUCCCAGACGAGCGAGUAAUGCUUUGCCUUUUGGAGGAAGAGUUGCGCGCCUAUAAGGAGGUGGCAGGAGACACGGCCCAGGAGCGUUACAACACACUCUGUGAUCUGUUGGACAUCUGCCACGAGGACAGCUCCCACACCCAUCUGCGUGCUGUCUACCUCUGUGAAAUGGCCCAAGUUGUGUGUUUCCAGGAUUUCAGUGAACAGACUGACUGCACGGCAGUUGAUUUUACCCAUGAAGCUUUGCGGCUUCUUGAAGAAGAACCAGAGAUUCCAGAAAAUGCUGAAAGGCUGAAGGAUGACAAGGCCCAUGCUUUACUUUGGCACUACAUCUGCACUCUUGAGAAGAACCUUCAGAUGACCAUUGACAGGGACAAAAAAAUGCGCGAGUUGCGUGAGCAGACGGUGUGCGUGGCCGAUCCCAUAGAAACCAAUGAUUUUGAUUAUGAAGACAAAAAGAAGUCACAAGACAGCAUCCAGGUCUAUGAAGGCUUGCAUUUCAACCUGGCUGCAGAGAACGAGUUGUGCAAGCCUUUGGAAAGAGCACUGGAUGAGUGGUCCGCUCUUCUGCAGAGUCGAGUCCUGCCUUCUGUCAGAAACCCCAAACAGACCUGUAGCUCCAUCGCUGUGACUGCGGCUCUCUUUAACCUCAAAGGAAAGCCUCUAAAGGCUUUGGAAGCUUACCAACUUGCGAUUGGACUUUCACGUCAACUUGGGGAUGACCACGGAUGUGCCAGCUCCCUCUGUCAAUCAGCCAGCCUCCUCCUGGAUAUGGGCUCCCCUGAACUGGCUUUGGCCCAGCUAGAGCAAGCAGAAAAGUGUCUUACCUCUGUUCCCACUACUGAUGGACCUUCUUCUCUCUCUAUGCUGGCCAUCCUGUUGAAAGCUCAGUACUGCUACAGCACAGGACAGGUGGAUCGUGGAGUACCUUAUCUGUGUGAGGUGCUUAAAGAAGUGAACAAGCGGAGGCAGUCAAAGAGCUGGUACCUGCUGCAUGCUCGGAUGCUACAGACCUGCAGCUCCUAUCUGAGUUUGGACACGGCUGCACUGCCACAAGCACAGCGAAACCACAUCACACAGCACGGUCUAAAUAACGCGGACACUGCCCUGUAUGAAAGUCUGAAGCUUCUCUGCAGCCUGCUGGUCACUUUAGUGGGGAAGGGCAUGUACAUGUCUAACGGCAGCAGCUCAGACAUGCGCUUCAUCAACCAAGGAGAUAACUUGGUGCUGAAGUGGCAGCUACUCUCAGAGCUGUUGAAGUGCACUAUGAAACUGGUGGCUGUGAGGGGCAGCUGUGGGGCCGUCAAUGAUGCCAGGCUCCAAUGUCUAGAAGCUCUCAAACUGGCCAUCAAGCUGCAGGCACUCAGCCAAUGUGCUGAGCUCCUGGUGAUGAAAGCAGAGUUGGAGCUGAUGCUAGGGGAGAGAGAGGAAAGCAGAAUUGAUUUGGACAAAGUCAGAAACCUUCUGGAGCUCUGUACAGAUUUUUCUGAUCAGGUGCAGAAGGCUGAAGUGAAAAUCAAACCUAGGAAAGGUCGCCCGGUGCAGAAAUCUCAGUCACCCCUUCCUGCCUUGGAUGAUGAUCUUAAGGACAUCCUGAGCACUAGGUGGAUUGGCAAAGAACCUGUAGUGAGUGAUCUGACCAGCUCCCCACCUCUCAAAGCCCCGCCUCGCCGUUGGCUCUCCUCCCUGGCGCAUGAAUCUGACUGCCACUGCCCCUGCUGCGCUGAGCCCUGUCUGGGCCGCGUCACUGCUCGCUGGGCAGCCACACAGGCUGAUCUGGUACUCCAGCUGGAUCCCAAUGAAGCCAAAAUCAGUUUGAAACUUCAAUCUGCAACAUUAGCUCGCUGUAAGAGUGUUGCUGCUAAAGUUGGGGCAAAAUUGGCUAAACUCUUACCUCCCUGUGGCCCUUCCAAAAGCUCCUCUAAGCCCUCCCUGAUGCAGGACGUGGUGGGCCGUGUGUACCUUCGCAUGGCCCUGUCUGGGCUGGAACCAAGGUAUAACAAGGUCUGUGGUAUAUGGAAAGUACUGGAAGCUGGCUUGGCAUUUGUUGAUUCCACACCCUCUCCUGAGCUAAGACCUGUGAGAGCAGGCCUAAUGGCAACCAAAGCCAUUGUGUCAUUGGUUACUUUGGCUGCGAAAAAGGGCUGCAUCCCAGAGGAGCUCUUCUCAAAUGCUUGGACUUGGAAUGCACCUAAAGAGCUGAAAUCAGAACAGAAAGCUGUGCUUCCCUCAUCCUCGCUUAACAAGCCCAAAGAGUCCAUUAAAAACCCAGAUAUUCCUGACAAAACAAAGGAGGCCAUGAAGGUGAAGUUUGUCAAGCCCAGGAUUCAAGUGACAAGCUCCUCAACCAAAGGAAAGGGACUGGUUCCCAUGACACCAGUAAGGGUAAAGCCUGAGCCAUCUGUUAGGGAGCGUGACUCUUUUGACUUUAACACAGUGGUACCCACUUUGGCCUGUACUCCUGUUCAGAAGGCGAAAGCCCCUUCAUCAGUGCAGAAAGCACCGAGGACUGCCUCUAAGCUACAGGUACAGUUUCAUGUGUAUGAAGAUUCGUCGCCAGUUCAAAACAAAACCCAACGUGUGCCUGCUGCCCCCAGAUGCACAAGGAAGUCACGCUUCAAGAUGGAGUUCAGCGAUGAGAGUGACACGGAAGCCAACACCGAGGCAGAGCCCCCCAAAAAAUCAGAAGUCCCUAAAAAGCGAACCACCACAAGAAGAGCUGCCCAGAACAGUAAAGCAGCCCCAGAUCCACCUGCAGAGAAGGUCCCACCCAAGAGGCAGGCCAGGGGUAAGAAAACCACCGCAAUGCCUCGGACGACUUCUUCUGAGGAUGACGAAGCUUUGGUCUGUCAGCCUGCCUCAACUAGAAGAGGAAGACCCAGAAGGGGGCUGUCUAGGUCAGAGGCAGAUUCAGUGGCGGAGCCUGACAAGAUGAGGACCAUCGAGGAGGAAGCUACUCAAGUUCUGGACAUAAGCGUUGAGGAGCUGAGGGCAUCUGACACUGAGGCUGAAGACAAUCCUGCUUCAAGUAAAGAUAUUGACAUCGAUUUCGAGGUUUUGCGGAGGGAUAGGUGUUGUGAUUUGGAGAGAAAUGCCAUUUCUGAACUGAGGAGCAGAGGUCACCUGAGAGAAGGUCCACACACCCACUUCUCUCAUCCAGACACCAGGCCAGACAAUCUCUCUCUGGAGGAUGUUGAGUCGUUGCUCCGCUCAGCAUGGUUGGCCCUCCAGCACUUCCCCUCCCCAGCCAUCUACACAACUCUCUGUGCUCUUUUGGCCUUGACCCGGGGACAGCAGGACCCCGUAACUACAGCAAUGCUGCACGCCCACUCCUUGGGCAUCACAAAUCGUCAUCACACAAUCAGGCAUUUAGCCAGUUGUCUUAAGAAGUUGAGAAAGGCGUCCAAUGAGCUAGCAGACAAGAUAGAUGCUCUGAGUCUGGAUGAGCUCAGUCUGAACGAGUCCAGGAGCUCUACCGAACAGAGGCUGUCGCAGCUGGAGAACAUCUUCUCCUUCCCAACUGCUGACUCCUCGACUUUCCCCAAGAGCCACUGUCAGGAGUUUCUCCAACAAAUUCAACAGCUUCCCCCAGGGGUGACGGUGUGUGUGAUGUCUGUGCUUGGAGUGAAACCUGGAGAGAUGGGUGACAGCAUCAUACUGACACGUCUUGAGAAGGGAUCUGCCCCCGUCACUGUUCUCACCCCCACCUCUAAACUACAGCACCCCAUCAGUUGGCUGGUUCAGGAGAUUGAUGGUGUUCAGGUGGAGCAGAAGCUUAUAAGCUCCGUGAAUGAGAAAGCCAAGUGGUGGCAGAGCCGCGGGGCGCUCGACUCUCGAGUUGGGCGACUGUUGAAGGCGAUGGAGGACUUGCUGGGAUGCUGGAGGAGCCUUCUUCUACCCCCAUCAUUGGAUCCUAAGCUCUCCAAACAGGCCCAGCAACUUUGCGAGUCCUUGUCUGCAAAGGGAGUGACAGUCAGUCAGGAAAUGUUGCAGGCGGUGCUGUCUGCCUCUCCUGUGCUCUCCCAAGAAGACCUUAAGAGAUUUGCUCUGGGAGUUUCUCCACAGUGGGACGCAGAGUGUGACCAGCUUCUCCAUACAGCUGUGUCCCGGCUCGCUGGCAGAGACGAGCCCCGUGGUCAUGUGGUUCUCAUCCUGGACAAGUACCUUCAGAAGCUGCCGUGGGAGAGCACCUCCAUCUUAAGUUCUCACUCUGUCAGCCGGAUGCCUUCUCUGCACUCACUCAUUGGACUGAGCAUUCAGAAAGAGACUGACUCUCAGUCCGUCCUGAACCAAGGUGUGGAUUCUAGGAAGGUGUUUUAUGUGGUGGACCCUGAUGCCAAUUUAAGUAACUCUCAAGAACAAUUCAAGAAGAUGUUUAGCAGUCAACUGGAUUGGGACGGUGUGUGUGGAGUUGCUCCUGACUCGGGUCAGCUAGAAGAAGCUGUUGCUACCAAAGAUCUAUACAUUUUCGUGGGUCACGGUGCAGGCGCUCGAUUCAUCGACGGCCAGGCAGUCCUGAAACGGCGGAUGAGAGCAGCAUCUCUGAUCUUCGGUUGCAGUAGUGCCGCUCUGGCCGUGCGCGGGGAUCAGGAAGGACAAGGCAUCCUUCUCAACUACCUCAUAGCAGGCUGCCCCUUUUAUUUGGGAAACCUGUGGGAUGUAACAGAUCGCGAUAUUGAUCGCUUCACCAAAGUCUUGUUGGAGUCCUGGUUUUCUGGCGGGUCUGGAGCUUCCCUCCUGGAUCAUAUGGGCCCAGCACGUCAGGCCACACACAUGAAACACCUCAUAGGAGCAGCACCGGUGGUCUACGGCUUACCAGUUCACCUGCAGUAGUAAACUCUACUAAAAACAGGAUGUAAACAAUCUAUACAGUAUCUAAAUGUUGUUUCAGCGCACAAGCUGGAGGACAUGACUUUAACUUAAAGUUUAAUUCUUUUGUUUUGGCAAGAUUAAAUUAAUGCAUUUUCUCUUAUUUAAACCAAUGCUUCCAUUUUUAAACCAAUGUUACUAUAGUGUGAAUGAUUUUAAAUAUCUUGAUAAUUCUUUAUGAAGUGUUUGAAACCACUUUUAAUGUGUUGAUUGAACAACAGUUUUUGAAUAAAUGUGUUCUUGCAUACAG